AUGAACAGGAAUUCUCAGGUUCGCUCCUACGAGGACUGCGCAGCCGGGGUGUGGGACGGCACAGGCUUCGUCGUCAGCCUGGAGAACCCAAAGGAAGCCCUGAUCCUCACGAACCGGCACAUCAUCACGACAGGGCCUAUCAGGGCACGCGCGACCUUCUACGAGCACGACGACCUGCCGAUUUGGCCGGUCUACCGGGAUCCCGUGCACGACUUCGGGCUUUUUCAGUUCGACUCUACAGAGCUUCGGUUCACCCCUCCGACGGCCAUCUCCGUAUCACCGCCCGAGCUGCGCGUCGGCACAGAAGUUCUAGUCAUCGGCAAUGACAAUGCAGAGAAAAUUCAGAUUCUCCCGGCCACCAUUGCGCGGGUGGACCGCAACUGCCCCGAGUAUCACGACAACUACGAGGACGAGAAUACUUUCUACGCAGGAGCCGGAUCGAACACCUCCGGCGGCUCAAGCGGCUCCCCUGUCAUCGCGCGCUCAGGGAAUUGCAUUGCUCUGAAUGCCGGGGGAGCUCAUGAGGCCGCCAGCGCUUUCUUCUUGCCGCUAGACCGGGCGGUCUACGUCCUCGAAUGGCUCAGGGGGAACCCCAACCAGAUCCCUCUGCCUCCACGAGGCACGCUGCUGGCACGGUGGCUCUUCCAGCCUUUCGACAUGCUGCGCCGGUUAGGCUUCACUCCCGAGCAGGAGGCAGAUGUCUUGAAACUGAGCGAGGAUGCAGCGAUGGACGACCGCCAGAAAGGUCAGGUUAUCGUGGCUGAGAUUUGGCGUGGCAGCUCUGGCUCUGUGACGGACCCAGCCAUCAGAAACUGGAUCCCGUAUCAGGGCUUCGCGUUUGGCGAAUGCUGGUACAAGCUCUACGAGUCCGUAACAGAAGGCUUCGAAAACGAAGCCCCUUACUUGGCCGUAUGGCUCCAUGGUGGCGAUUGGGGGAAUAUCUCCAAGCGAGAUCUGCAGACCAUGCAGUGGCGAAUGGGCAGAAGGACAAUCUGGAUGGUCCCGAAGAGUCCGAAAAGUGCGCGCUCGCCAAAGGGAUGGGAGUUUCAAUGGGGCUGCUGCCACAAGAAGGAGGACAAUCGGAAUGACCAGGGCUUCAUCUGGGGUCACCUCCACUCCAGCUUCCUCACGGCCUUCGCCGAGACCAUCGGCACCGUUGCACAUCGCUUCCAGGCGGACCGGGUGCUUGCCUUUGGCUACUCCAUGGGUGGAUUCGGGGCAUACCAGGUCGCCAGCUGGUCCCCGGAGGUCUUUGAUGCAGUCGUGUCCCUGGCGGGCUACGGCCUCGGUACGGAGGACCCUCAACACGAGCGUUUCCGUGCCCCACAGCCCCAAAGCGGGCAGAUUUUCCGUGAUUUCGUGGAGCGCUAUGGUACCCGCAUGGCCAAAGUUCCCGUGGUACUGGCUGUGCAUGCAUGGUGUGACAGCCUCUCCAGCUAUAAUGAUGACUGUGAGAUCAUCUGGGCCGUCAAGCAGCAAGCUCGCCGUGAGGGCUUCGCCCAGCACGUCGCCGACAUGAUCACCGUCCCAGAAUGCCUCGCCAACACUGACCUCCCUUAUUCCUCCUCUGGCCACGACUACUACUAUGCCAGCUUAUUGAGAAACACGUCCGAACGACUUCUCUGGUCAAAGCUCCGGACGGCUUUGUGGUCCGCUCCAAGGCGACAGAAUUGGGGGCGUGGGGCCAAGCGCCAGUGGCAAAGCCCGCGGACAUCGUGGAGCCAACACAAAUGGGCGCGCCGGCGUUGGUUCUGA